GCGUAACAGGCGUUAAUUCAGGUAUCAGGUUAUGAUCAGAUUAUUAGUUUAGUGCUACCUACCGUUGGUUAUAACAAAAAUGAUCAAGCGAAAUGUACUGAGGUGCUAAAACCACAGGUAUAAUACAAAAUAUCUGCACUUUAUUUAUUAGAAUAAAAUACGUCAAUGUGAAUCACGGAUUAAAACUUCUAAAAAGUCGAAAAAUACCAACUUAAAGUUACGACUUCCAGAAGCAACCAUUGCGAAGCCAACAUUCACUCAUAUGGCUAUCAAAGUUUUGGUAGAUGAAGGAUAUGUUCGACAUGUCGUUUCUCAAAAUGUUGAUGGCUUACAUGUGCGCAGUGGUUUGAAUCGUGAAAAACUUUCGGAGCUACAUGGUAAUUUAUUCAUUGAACAAUGCAUCGCUUGUGAACAUACUGUUUUUCGGACUUUUGACGUCGCUGAAACCACUUCUCGUUCACACCAUUUCACUGGACGCAUUUGUCCUCGAUGUCGUAAUUUACACCCUGUUGAAAGUACAAUAGCCAGUGAUAUACUAAAGAAAACAGCCGAACAUUUAGCAGUAUCUAAAUAUAGGAAAAAUGUAUCAAAUGAAAAUCUUAUGUUGAGUUACCGAUAUGCUGCAAGAAAAUUAGCCAGAUCUUUUGAAGGUGUACGUCUUAAAGCAGUGGAACAUUUACGCAAUACUCAAAAGUCUGAGAUGCAGACUAACUCAGUUCUUACGAAGGCACCUUUGCUACGAGAUGUUGUUGUACACUUUUUUGAACGACAACCAGAGAUGGGGUUAACAGAAAUAUAUCGUAUUCGAUCAGCAAUCGAAGCUGUGCAUGGCCGUAAAGCUCUUCAAGAUGCUGUCAAUGCCACUUCGAAUGACCGUAAACCUUUGAGUCAUGGAUGCAAACGUUCCCAUAAAGAGUCAACAAAAUAUCUCAUUGGAUCCCCAUGGUUUAAAAGAAUGCGUCCUGCUAUGAAGAUGGAAUGUCAAGAUUUUUGUAAAACAUCGGAAGCAGUUGAUGUGAAACCCAUCUCUUCGGAUUCUCUGGAAACUCCCGCUAAAUUAAUUGUUGUUGUUGGUUCAUCUUUAACUGUUUUGCGCAAUUAUUCAUUUUUAUGGCCUUAUGGCCUUGGGAGGUGCGGUCAACUAAGUUCGUCGAGCAAACAUAAAAAGAAACACACAUGUGUUGAUUCUGUUUGCAAAUUGACUUCAAUCCCUGAUACUCCUGAAAAUUGUCGGUUGGUUAUUAUUAAUUUACAACCAACAUGCAAAGAUGUGGUUGCUGAUUUGGUAAUUCAUGUUCCUUGUGAUGAACUAUUUCGCGUUAUCAUGUCAGACCACUUAGAAAUAGAUGUUCCACAAUAUGACCACAGGCAUGAUCCUCUUUAUUCAAUCGGUCUUUCUUUAUCUCCAGAAGAAGAGUGCACACGUACUCGUUUGAACAUCCCAUUUUCUUCCGUAUAAUAUUGUUUCAAAAUUUUUCACUCUGUGGUGUACAGUUUCACAUGAUUUGGUUGUAGCUAUUGAUUACUAUUUCGUUCUUUAGAUGUAGAAUAAACAUUUCUCUUUUGUACUCAAUACAAGAACCAGUACCUUUGUAAAUAAUAAGGUACAUUUCCAUAAUUAAAAGAGCCUAAUAGAAUUGCAUCGUGUCAUGAUAGUUUAUUUGCUCUCGAAUUAAACAUGAAUUCGUGACACCAAUCGAUCAAUUUAUGAAUACUAAAAAGUACAUUUCACUUUUGGCUCUAGUUGAGAUUAUUUUCCUUUUCACUCCUUAUCUUUAGCCUGUCCAUUUUUUGUAUAAAGUUCUCUUAUUUAUAGUAUUUUUUAUACUAAGGAGAACUAAGGGACAAAAAUAUUACUGUAGUGAACCUUGUAAAACGCUAUGGAUUCAAUAUUGAGAUGUCUACUACGGGAAUCGAAGUGUUUCAGGUAGAAUUCUGUUGAAUUCCUAGUAGUUUGAAUAUCAAAAAGAUUGGUCGCACCUCUCUAGGUAUAUUUUUCCAUAUUUUUACUAGGUUCAAUAGUUCAAGAAUUUAGUCUGUUAGUGUUUUGACUAUGUAGCUACGGCAUCUGAAGUGUCUUAGUUUACUUAAUAAGUUCUUGUUGUUAUUGGUUAAUCUGUGGUUUUGUAAGAUCAGCAGCUUAGUGAUCAAAACACUGGUCCCAACCAUAAAUCUCAGAUUCGAAGCACCAUCCACCUACUUCAACUUUUCCAACAGAGUUAUUAUUAUUUCCCCUCUUCUCACACGUACAAACAAUAUGCCUGAAAACAGAGUGAACAAACCCAUAUUUUGUAAAUGAAUUACUUUAAUAAUUAUUUCCUUCCAAGUUACAUGAUGAAGUGAACUAUAUUAAUAUCAGACUCUAAAAAUAGUUUGUUUGUGUCCCAUCGAGUUUAGGUUGUAAAUGGUUGCGAAAAGAAAAUUUAGAAACUGAUUAUACAUAGGUUCUUAUUUUGUUGUUGAUAGUUUCUACAUUAUAAACCUUUCCUCUAGCGAUUGGCAAUUCUAAAUUGUUUACUGACAGUCUUAACUAUAAUUUCGAUGAUAUCUUGAUAAAUGUUUAAAUUUCCAGUUAACAGGAAUCAGUUGUAUAUUUCCGUAAAAUAUGCGUAGUUCACACUUGUCACUUGCGUGUUUAUCAUGUAUUCAUUUUGUUAACUAGUUUGCACUUCUUACUUGUUUCAUUUUUUGGGGUUCAUAUUUUUCUUAGGUUUCAAAGACGAUAAAUUAACAAUGAGAAAGUUAUAAACAAAGAAUAUUACUGAAUAUAUUCAUUAUAAGAAGGAAAC